CUUGGGACCUUCUUAAAGGCGUGGUGGUGAUGCUGGACGAGCGCGGGCAGCCUAUGACAUCAGCCGAGCACGCCUGGGAUGCCGCGGCGACCGGCCAGACUCGGAGGACGCGCAGGGUCCCGCCGGCUGAGACUGGAGUAGCCCCGCACGGCGAGGGGGGAGCCGCCACUUUUCUGGGGACACUGUUUGCAGUCACUUGCUACCACUGUGCUCCUACCUGGGGGAGCUCGCGGAGAGUUGGAUGAAUUCUGGGUUGUUAACUGCGGUCACCUGGGCUCCCAGGAGCCUGUUCCUGGUGGAAAUCAGGGGGCAUCCGGCCAAGGGACCAGCGGCUCGCUGAGACUCAACAUGACACUCCUGGGGUCCGAGCACUCUUUGCUGAUUAGGAGCAAGUUCAGAUCAGUUUUACAGUUACGACUUCAACAGAGAAGGACCCAGGAGCAGCUGGCUAACCAAGGCAUAAUACCACCCCUGAAAAGCCCUCCUGAAUUCCAUGAGCAAAGAAAACGUUUGGAUAGUGACAAGGCUGAAGACACCCUGAAGCGUAAGGUCAGAAACAGGUCCGACCGUGCAGACGUGGUUAAAAUGCACAUACUCCAGGCGUCCACUGCAGAGAGAUCCGUUCCAGCUGCUCAGAUGAAACUGAAAAGAGCCCGACUUGCUGAUGAUCUCAAUGAAAAAAUUGCUCUCCGGCCGGGGCCACUGGAGCUGGUGGAGAAGAACAUACUCCCCGUCGAUUCUGCUGUGAAAGAGGCUAUAAAAGGCAGCCAGGUGAGCUUCUCCAAGUCGACAGACGCAUUUGCCUUUGAGGAGGACAGCAGCAGCGAUGGCCUCUCCCCCGAUCAGACGCGAAGUGAAGACCUCCAGGGCUCAGCAGGCUCCCCUCCAGACACGAAAGCUGUGGAGACCCCUUUGGCAGGUCCUCUGGGCACAAUCCAGGAUCUUACUUCUGGCUCAGAAAACGAGAGGCAUGACUCGGCCCCACAGCCCGGCAACCAGUCAGACACUGGGAAGCAGGGGCUCGGCCCCCUGAGCCCACCCCUCCCUGCGCACGCCGCUGUGAAGUCCAAGUCCUUGAGUGACAGUAAGAACCGCCACAAAAAGCCCAAGGACCCCAAGCCGAAGGUGAAGAAGCUCAAGUAUCACCAGUACAUCCCCCCGGACCAGAAGGCAGAGAGGUCCCCUCCGCCCAUGGACUCGGCGUACGCGCGGCUGCUCCAGCAGCAGCAGCUGUUCCUGCAGCUCCAGAUCCUCAGCCAGCAGCAGCAGCACCGCUUCAGCCACCCCGGGCUCCACCCGGCUGCGCUCAAAGAACCAAAUGAACAGAUGGUCAGGAAUCCAAACUCUUCUUCAACACCACUGAGCAACACCCCCUUGUCUCCUGCCAAAAACAGUUUUUCUGGACAAACUGGUGUCUCUUCUCUCAAACCGGGCCCACUCCCAUCAAACCUAGAUGAUCUGAAGGUCUCUGAAUUAAGACAACAGCUUCGAAUACGAGGUCUGCCCGUGUCCGGCACCAAGACGGCCCUCAUGGACCGGCUACGGCCCUUCCAGGACUGUUCCGGGAACACGGUGCCCAACUUCGGGGAUAUAACGACUGUCACCUUUCCCGUGACGCCCACCAGUGCACUGCCCGGGUACCAGUCCUCCCCGUCCACCAGCGCCUUAUCCAACGGCUUCUACCACUUCGGCAGCACCAGCUCCAGCCCCCCGAUCUCACCUGCCUCGUCCGACCUGUCGGUGGCGGGGUCCCUGCCCGAUACCUUCAACGAUGCGUCCCCAUCCUUCGGCCUCCACCCGUCCCCGGUUCACGCGUGUGCCGAGGAAAGCCUCAUGAGCAGCCUGAACGGGGGCUCCAUCCCUCCCGAGCUGGACGGGCUGGACUCCGAGAAGGACAAGAUGCUGGUGGAGAAGCAGAAGGUGAUCAACGAGCUGACCUGGAAACUCCAGCAGGAGCAGCGGCAGGUGGAGGAGCUGAGGAUGCAGCUGCAGAAGCAGAAGAGGAGCCAUGGCUCUGAGAAGAAGCCGCUGCCUUUCCUGGCCGCCACCCCCAUCAAGCAGGAGGACGCUGUCUCCAGCUGUCCUUUCGCAUCCCCACCGCUGUCUGUGAAAAGACAGAGCAGCAGCUUGGAGGGCCUGCCGCCAGCCUGCGAAGCCACUCAGCUCCUGCCCCUUGGGAACGCUCCCUGCGCCGAGCCCUCGGGUCAGACCAGCGUCCUGUCGUCCACGUUUCUCAGCCCGCAGUGCUCGCCCCAGCAUUCGCCGCUCGGGGCAGUGAAAAGCCCGCAGCACAUCAGUUUGCCCCCGUCACCCAACAACCAUUACUUCCUGCCCUCCUCUUCAGGCGCCCCAGGAGAAGAGCGCAGGGCCUCCUCCCCUGUCAGCGGCCAGCUGUGUCCGGCACAGAACUCGGGGGCACAUGAGGGCCACCCUCCAAGCUUCUCUCCCCAGCCUUCCAGCCUCCACCCCUCCUUCUCCGGAACCCAGCCAGACAGUGGUCAUGGUGCUGGGGGCAACCCUUGUCCCAAAAGCCCGGGCGUCCAGCACAAGAUCGCCGGUUUACAUGCUUCUGAUAAGACAGGGCCAAAGUUUCCACUUCCAUCCCCGACUUUUUCUAAGUCCCCUUCAGCAGUUCCAGACAUAACACAGCCUCCGUCCUAUGAAGAUGCGGUGAAGCAGCAGAUGACUCGGAGUCAGCAGAUGGACGAGCUCCUGGACGUCCUCAUUGAAAGCGGAGAAAUGCCAGCUGAUGCCCGGGAGGAUCAUUCCUGUCUCCGGAAAGUCCCCAAGAUACCCGGGUCUUCUCGAAGCCCCACGGCUGCCCUCCCCAAGCCCUCGGCUUCCUUUGAACAAGUGUCUUCGGGGGGCCAGCUCUCCUUCGAUCACUACGGCGCAGACAGCGACGAGCAUCUUGAAGUCUUACUCAAUUCCCAGAGCCCCCUGGGGAAGGUGAGCGACGUCGCCCUUCUGAAAACUGGGGGCGAGGAGCCUCCUUUCGACGGGCUGAUGGACGGCUUCUCCGGGAAGGCUGCGGAGGAGCUCUUCAGCGCACACGAGAUCCUGCCGGGCCCCCUCUCCCCGAUGCAGACUCAGUUCUCACCCUCGUCCGUGGACAGCAGUGGGCUGCCGUUAAGCUUCACGGAGUCCCCUUGGGAGAGCAUGGAGUGGCUGGACCUCACGCCGCCCAGCUCCACCCCGAGCUUCAGCUCCCUCGCCGGCGGCCCCAGCAUCUUCAACAUCGAUUUCCUGGAUGUCACCGAUCUCAAUUUGAAUUCCCCCAUGGACCUCCACUUGCAGCAGUGGUAGAACGCCUGGCCGGACGUGCCCAGAAAGACCAGUAGGAACUCCACGGGGGGAGUACAAAACCGUGAAUCCUCACACGGCCCAAAAGGAGGAGGAGGAGGAGGAGCAGGAGAGAUUUAAAAAGAAGCAACGGGGACUUUUGUGACAACCAGCAGGGACACACAGGAGUCUCGUAUACGUAUAAAAUGUAAUGGUCACCAACAGUCGGUAACUGGUCACGAUUUCAGCGAUGCAUUCAAAAUUGUGCUUUUUCAGAUCAAGAAUGCCCCCCCACCAAAAAAUUCUUUUCCUGCCUUUUCAAACACCAGUAUUUUUUCUAGCCCGUACUGUUUCUCAGGCAUUACAUCGUAAGCUUUUCUCAUGAAUUUAUUACAAAUACGUGGAGAGAAAAAUGUUAACGCUUUGGGGGACCCAGGGAAGCCAGUUCAUCAAAGGUUAGGGAAGACGGACCCGUGAUGGGGGCCGCUUCUGUCUGUCCGUUACCUGUCUUUCAACAUAGAGGUCGGGCCAGCGUCAGCCAAGUUCUUCAGGCAGAAGAGAGGGACAGGACCAGUCCGUUCCCGGGGAAGUGAAGUGAACUCAGGGUCCCUCAGCCACAAACCUGCCCAUCAGAGUGGCCCCUCUCCCACCCCCAGGACUCUGUGUGGUCACUGAGGACAGCUGACCUACAUUUGGUCGCAAGGACCCACCGAGAAUGUCCCUCUUUCUCAGCCAGGUACUGAAUCACCGCCACUGUGUCUGUGACGAUACGUGUGGAACAGGCAGGAGCCUUCAAGCAAGAGGGAGAAACCGUACCUCCUGCCCUCGGAGGUUCCCAGCACAGCCCCCUGGAGAUGUGCGGACUAGACAGGACCGUGUAGGCAGAUCAGAGGGUCUCUCUAGCCUCAGGAAGCCCCGCCAGGGACAGUUCAGACAGGACUAGAGAAAACGGCUCUGCGUGUCGUGGGACUCAGUGCCAUGGGUUACUACCACGGGAUGGGAAUCCGACUUCUUUCUU